UGUAAUCAGCUGUUCGACAGAUUCGCUGUCAGAUAUUGUUCUUUUGCUUUGAACUAUUCAAUAUGGCUGUGGCGCUGCGAUUCGGUUCAAAUUUAUUAAAAAAUAACAUAAAUUAUGUGCAACAUAUAUGUAGAAUCACUGAUGGCUAUGCAACGCAAAUUCAAGCAACCCGCAAUUUUGGAACUGAGGUAACCGUCAAAGCUGCACCACUUGCUGUUAAGAAACAUAAAGUUAGCCAAGCCAUGAAAGCGUACCUUGAACGAGCUCGUGAAAAUGAUGAAUUUAUGAAAACCCAGAAGCUGGAGUAUCAAAUUGGUAAGAGACAUUUGGCGAACAUGAUGGGAGAGGACCCAGAAACGUUUACGCAAGAAGAUAUCGAUAACGCCAUUGAAUAUUUAUUUCCAUCUGGCUUGUUUGAUAAACGCGCCCGCCCUUUGAUGAAAAGUCCUGAAGAAAUAUUUCCAGUGCGGAAAGCGGCAGAGUUUGACGAAACUGGGCGCCCCUUUCAUAGUAUGUUCUACACUGGCCGACCAAAUUUCUUUAAAUUAUUAUAUGACAUUGUUGAGGAGAUGAAUGGUUUAUAUGAUCUUGAGGAACGCAUGUUGCGUCGUGGUACACGCGCUGAUCCAAAUCAGAAAGUUGACUUCACAGGUUUCCAAUGGUUAACUAAAGAUCAACUCGAAGCUGUGCUAGUAGAACAGAUAAACGAUUUGGAAUAUACAAAUUUCACAAAUGCAAUGGACCGCUUAGUUUCACUGCCAUUUUCAUAUAAAAGUCGAGAUUUUAUCAACAAAUUCGCUAAACCAUUGUUGGAUCAAACCAAACAAUUAGAGAUACCAAAACCUCAAUUCGAUGCCGAUGGUCGCCAAUUUGUUACAACAUAUGAAUGCUUACGUAAGACAGCACGUGGCGAUGUUACUGUGCGCUUUCCAGGUACUGGAAAAAUCGCAAUCAAUGAUCAAGACAUUACAUAUUUCGAAGAGUUACAGUCUCGCGAGCAGGUUCUCUUUCCUUUAAUUUUCGCCGAUAUGCUUGGUAAAGUUGAUAUCGAGGCCAAUGUGGAGGGCGGUGGGCCAUCUGGGCAAGCGGGUGCCAUUCGUUGGGGCAUUGCAAUGAGUUUGCGCAGUUUCGUGGAUCAGGAAAUGGUGGAGUCGAUGCGUCUAGCCGGUCUGUUACAGCGUGACUAUCGUCGUCGUGAACGUAAGAAGUAUGGACAGGAAGGCGCACGUCGGAAGUACACAUGGAAGAAACGUUGAAGCUGCGCAUUUCAGCGUCGAGCAAAUUAUGUGUAUUUUAAAAUAAUGUUAAAUAAAAAUCUGUAUUUGAAACAACAGUUGUAACAUUUAUGUACAAUAAUAAAUUUAGUAUAUGUAUGUACACAAACAAAUAUAA